AUGUGGUCUUCAAUUGUCGUUUUGCUGUGUUUUGUUUCUGAUGGUCUAAGUCUGGGCCAGCAGAGAGUCAUCUCAUUCACUGAUGGACCUCUUCAACUAGCAGGAAAUGGCGUUGCGACUUUGAUUCUUUCCAGCACCGAUUUCCCUGGGGUCAUCCGAGCAGGACAAGACCUUGCCGCAGAUUUCGGAAAAAUCACUGGGAAGAACCUCACAAUCGCGCAAAUAUCAACUGAUCAAACCUCCACUACCGGACCAGCAAUCAUAGCAGGUACACUCGGCAAAUCUGCACUGAUCGAUUCUCUCGUGUCCGCUGGGAAGAUCGACAUCAGCCAGAUUCAAGGACAAUGGGAAUCUUUCGUCACACAGAUCGUGACAAGUCCCGUGUCCGGAGUGGCAUCGGCUUUGGUCAUAGCUGGAAGCGAUAAAAGGGGCACAAUAUACGGAAUCUACGACAUCUCAGAACAAAUUGGGGUGUCGCCGUGGUAUUGGUUCGCGGACGUCCCUUCUACACAACAAACCAACAUCUUCGCUCUAGAUAUUCACAAAACCCAGGGCCCUCCUAGCGUCAAGUACAGAGGUAUUUUCUUGAACGACGAACAGCCUGCUCUCACCAACUGGGUUAAGGAAAAGUAUGGAGGGGUAGGAUACGUUUCCGGGUUCUAUGCUCGAGUGUUCGAGUUGCUCCUCCGACUACGAGCCAACUAUCUCUGGCCGACGAUGUGGGACAGCAUGUUUGCAUUAGACGACACCAAAAAUCAGCCACUUGCUGAUACAUACGGAAUUGUCAUGGGAACUAGCCAUACAGAGCCGUUGAUGCGCUCCACGAAAGAACAGACCAAGUACGUGAGUGGAUCAUGGGACUGGACAUCCAACAAAGCGAACAUCAUUAAAUUUCUCACCGAUGGUGCGAAUAGAGCAAAGCCGUAUGAGUCUCUAUAUACUAUGGGAAUGCGUGGGUCUGGUGAUACUGCGUCGUCUACUUUGACUGCUGCUUCGCUUGCCGAUGUGGUUUCCGAGCAGCAGAAGAUUCUUACUUCUGUUAUUGGGAACGUAUCCACGAUCCCACAGAUGUGGUGUUUAUACAAGGAGGUAGGAGGGUACUAUCAAAAAGGGCUCAAAGUCCCAGACGAUAUUACACUUCUUUGGUCAGACGAUAAUUCAGGGAAUAUGCAACGUCUUCCUAUUCCAAGCGAAGUGGGGCGAGUUGGAGGCGCAGGAGUGUAUUAUCACUUCGACUAUGUCGGCGAUCCAAGAAACUACAAAUGGAUUAACACCAUUGCGCCUCAGAAGACUUGGGAACAGAUGCAUAUGACAUACAACCGAAAUGCACGAGAGAUUUGGGUCGUCAACGUUGGCGAUCUGAAGCCAUUGGAAAUACCAAUAAAUCACUUCCUCGAUAUGGCCUACAACAUGACGCUGUUCACUUCCCCAAAUAGCACCGAUACGUGGCUCUCUCAAUUCGCCGCCAUGCAAUUUGGCGCUGCCGUGUCAGACCAAGUGGCUUCACUCAUAGACACCUAUUCUCACCUUGCCGCACGCCGAAAAUAUGAGCUGCUAGACUCUACCAUAUUCUCUGUGAUAAAUUACAACGAAGCGGACACUGUCCUCGCCGAAUGGCACACACUCGUAUCGUCCGCUCAGGCAAUUUAUGAUUCUCUCCCAGCAGCAUCGCAACCAGCGUUCUUCCAACUCGUGCUUCAUCCUGCAAAAGCGGGAAGCAUUCUUUACGAUUUAUACGUCUCCACUGCUAAGAAUAAUCUAUAUGCAAAGCAAGGUAGAGUGAGUUCUACGACAUACGGCACGAUGGCAACGACUGCAUUCCAAGCCGAUAAAGAUUUGGCGAGCACGUAUCAUAAGCUUCUUGGUGGGAAGUGGAACCAUAUGAUGGACCAAACGCACAUUGGGUACACUUCUUGGCAACAACCGUCAACGAAUAACAUGCCUGCUCAAUCAACGCCUGCAAAGUCGACGAACGGUGCAGCUGGUGUAUUUGUUGAUGGAGGUAGCACGACGCUUGCUCUACCAUCAAUUAGUCUGUAUGGUCCAGCUUCCCGAUGGAUCGAUAUCUAUUCGAAAGGCAGCUCGGCUACGUCGUUCACCAUCUCUUCUGAUCCAUGGGUGAAAGCGAGCCCCGCAUCUGGACAAUUGACCCCUCCUGGCCUAACAUCCGACCAAAGAGUGAAUAUCACAAUCGACUGGAGCACCGCUCCCACUUCCACCACUACCUCGAAGAUCAUUGUCACGGCCGGAGGAACAGACUUCACGGUUACUAUCCCGCUAUCCAACACGGCUCUGCCCGCAAAUUUUACGGGCUUUGUCGAAAGUGACAAAACAAUCAGCAUCGAGCCCGAGCACUGGACAUCCGUUACCUCGACCUCUAAGGCUUCAUACGGUGUAAUUCCGAACUAUGGGCGCAGUUUAUCAGGCGUCACACUCUUUCCCGUUACAAUCUCAAGUCAAACUCCUCUUUCAUCCCCGAAACUAAGCUACAAUAUCUACGUCUUCACCGCAACCACGGCAUCAAUAACUCUAUAUCUCGGUCCAUCUCUCAAUACCGGCCCCUCUCGACCCUUGACAUACGCAAUUUCAAUCGACGAUGCAGCGCCCACGAACGCACAAUAUGUCCCAAUCACAGAUCUGGGAACGUUGCCUAGUACUUGGACGCAAGGAGUUGAAAGGCAGGGGUACGAUCAUACGACGAAACAUGAUGUUACGGUAGGAGCGCAUGUUCUGAAUCUAUGGGCUUUGGAGCCUGGUGUUGUAUUUCAAAAGAUUGUGGCUGAUUUGGGAGGUGUGAGGACGAGUUAUUUGGGUCCGCCGGAGAGUAUGCGCGUUUGA